GUAACGAACCUGGACGUUUCUGUGACUAUGGCGGGGCAGCUUAGAGCCACCAGUGAAUUUGGGCGCAGGGCCCCCAGGGGCUUCCUAACACCCUGGACUGGCCCAGGCCCCUACAACUGCCCAGGCCCAUAUCGGGAGCUUCACUGUGCCCCAAACGAUGCCGGCUCUCCCAAACCCAAGAGGAGACGGGAGGGCCCGGGGUGGGGAGACGAGGCCUGGGGCGUCAUGCAGCCGGACCUAGCCUCAUGGUGCUGGGAGGCUGGGAUAGCCAGCCUCGGGCCCCCAGACCUGGCCGCGGGGAGGCCGAGGGGCAGACCUGCGGGUCCUCCAGGCCCAGGCCUCCGAGUUAGUUCCGUGAUGGGAUCAGCGCCAGUACUGUGGACACCAGCUUGUCAAAGGAAACCCCUGGAGUGGGCAUAUCAAAGUUCCCUGGAGAAAAGGCAAGAACCCAGGGGUUCCCUGAAGCAGAAGGAAGAAAAGGAAAUUCAUUCCAUAGUCCAUGUAGACACAAAGAAAACUCCUGGGAAUUUCUUGAUGGAGAAAGAAGCUUGGUUUUUCCUAAGUGAAGAAGAGGAAACAGCAUCCCUGGGUUUUUUGGAAGUAGAAGAGAGGGAACUUGUGACCAAGAAAGAAAGAGAUUGGAGUUCUCAGCAGAAGCUUAGAGAAGAUUAUAUGUCACUCCACUUCCCCAGUAUUCCUAGGAAAGAAGAUGAAGUUCUUUCUGCAUACCCUAAGUUAGAUUGCUUCCCAAAGAAUGAAGCAGAGUCCAAAUCCAUUGACAUGGAUGUGCAGGAAAAUCAUACUAAGAAGCAUUCACCAUUUGCUCUGGCUUCACCUGUAAAUUCUGCUAGGAUGAAAAGAAUUAUAAAGACCUGGCCACACUGGUGUGGCAUUCCCUUUGAAGCAGAUAUGGUUAUGGGGGCACUUUCCAUGUACCCAGAGAAUCCACCGUGGCCAGCAUCUGUGGAAUUUCUAGAUAAUCCUCACACCUCUCCACUUGAUCUCUAUGGGAACCAGAGUAUGCUCAAGAAGAAUAAGUGGCCUCAUUUCAUCAGUGGCCCUAAGACCUCUGGGCACCUACAUCCUAGAUGCUGCCAAGGUGCUUGAAGAUUUGGAUUAAAAAGGACCUUUUGGUCCCACAGCCUCCUUUCCUCUGUCUCAUGCCAUGUGACAUUUAUUGCAAUGUUAGUAAAUUUUAUUGAUUUUUUUUUACCCAAGACAAAACUGUUUGGGUUUUUUUGGACCUGUUGCAUCAGCCUUUUAGCACUUGAGCACUGUUGUAGAGUUCUCAUCUACAUCUUCCAUUUUUCUGGUUCCAAUUUAGUUGUUUUUUUUUUUUUCUGUAUGUGCUUGAAACCUAUCAGACAGUCCAUUCAGCUGUCAAGCAUAAACUGUAUUCUAUCGAAGAGCAUUUUCAAAAUUGUGAUUGUGGAUCUAGGAUUAUAUGCCUACUCAUCUUUCAGAAGUCUUUGAGAUGCCAGGUGUGUGCGUGUAUCAGAAACAUGGUGAGCUCCUCUCCUGGGAACCGGACACCAAGCAUUCCUAAAUCAACUGCUGCCAUUGCCUGAAGAUAGGGAAAAAUCCUUUGUCAAGACUUGUCUCUGGUCACCUUCCAGGGAAGCACCUCCUGCUUCUUGUCCAGCUUAGCCUGGAAGAAAAGAAUUUGCUUUAGUGACAUCACCAAAAUCCAGGGCCUGGCUACAUAGAAGUAAACAAGAUAAUGCUUUGCCAUCCUAGUCCCUAACCUCCCAACUAUAACUUAGUAGAGGGACUUAUUUGAUCUUACGUACCCCAGAGGCAAAUAUAAAUUUCCUUUUUACUUCUUUGUUUUCCUCUCAGGAGAAAGGCAUCUUUGGUGCCCCUGCUGUAUUUAUCUUAUGUUAUAAUAACACAGACUAAAUGAGAUAAUGUGCUUCGCAAACCUUAGAGUUUAUAUAAAUAUCAGCUGUUAUUGCC